AGUGCAAGGAAUCCCUGCAAUGAAGAAGUGUUUUUUGUGCGAAAAAAGCGAUAAUGGCGUCACAGAGUUUGAUGACGACUCUUUUACAAAAUGUUGCCAAAUGUUGGCUGCCCGUCGUCAGAAAGACCACGCAUAUGGAGAAGUAGAAUGGUAUCGUGAAAAUCUAAAUGAAAUGGGCAAACAUCCGCAUUGCUACAAGAAAAUAAUUGUUCUGAAAGGAAAAUUUCGAGAUAAUUUUGCCAAGUUUCGUGUAAAGUUGCAAGAUUCAACCACAGCCUCCACUACUAAACAAUCGUCUAUUGAAGCAGAGACUUCUUCGACGACUCAUGAAGAAGACCCAUCGUUAAUGCAAGAUUCAUCAUUACUGCAGAAAAAAACAUUGGCGACUUCGUCGAGUAAGUCAAGGCGGUAAACAUGUGUCAUACGCAAGACCGUUCGAAAAAACGUCGGUGACCAAAAGGUCUAUGCUUCCGUUACAAAGUGUCUUGAAAGUAUUCAAAAUUUAAGACAAGCGGCCUCUACUUUAAAUGACACGGGAUUACCGUCUAAACAAGAAAAUUGUGUCGACGUUCCUUAUCACCGAACUUCUCUUUGAUAUACAAAAGAAAAAAAGAUAUAAUUGCAAAUUAACAACCUGUAAGUGGGCCUUGGCACAGUAGUCGACGAUUACAAUACAACGAGAAAUGAAAAUUAUAAAAAUGAAGAAAACAAGUUCUGCCUCUGCACUAACGUCGCUUUCGACAAUUUCGAUCGGUUUGUUGAUACGACCAGUCGUCAAGAUACCCUUAAUGAUACCUUCGGUUUUAUUUACCAAUACGAUGCUUCUCAUAAUGUAACGUUAAACGAAUCAGAUGCGGUCAAAAAGUUGUUACCUUCUAUUUUGAGAGACACUGAUUGUGACUCCUCGGGACAACCCCUCCGAAAAAUACGUCAU